AUGGACCAUAAACUUGGUAAAGUAAAUCUAUCUUUGCUCUCUUUGUAUCUUAGAAUUCUAACGUGGAACAUUAGAAUAAGGUGUUUUUUUUCCUUUUUCUUCUUUUUUUACUUCAAGUUUGUGUUUAAUUAUGCCUCUAAAGUAUUUAUAGUUUGGACCAAAAUUAAAAUUAAUUCAAAAUCCAAACCGAUAAAACAAAGUUUGAACUACAUUCAGAGUGGUGUACAAGUGUCCAAAGAAAACAUAGUUUUGGUUAUGGCGAAGCUAAAAAUGAAUGUUAAAUGGAAUGAAAAAGAGGAGUUUGGUAUACAAGAAAUUGAACAAUUAUUUAAAAAUGAUGUUAUCUUGUUAGAGGAAGCCUUUGAUGUGUUCAACCAAAACAAAGAUGGGUUUAUAGAGGCAAGUGAAUUGCAAAGGAUCUUGUCAUGUUUGGGGUUAGAAAAAGAUUUGAUGGAAUGUCAGAAAAUGAUUAAUGCUGUUGAUCAAAAUGAAGAUGAAAUAAUUGCUCACAAUGAAUUUUUAAGUAUUAUAGAACAGAGUUUUAGAUGA